AUGAAUCAGAAGAUUCUCCUAGCGGAAGCCCUCAAUAUCCUGCAAAGGACGCGGGCUUCUGAAUUGGAAGUGGACUGUAGACAGCAACAGGUAGUUGGAAAUAAUAAGCUCCGCAGUGAGCUUUCCAACCUGUGCAGUCUGUAUGAGAGGGUUGGAAACGACUAUCUUCUUGGCGCUGAAAUAAUCAACCAUGUGCGUCGCACCGUCAUGGGGAAUGAUGACGUGAAUAGCCGUCGCCUAACGGCCUUCUGCGAGGGAAAAAUGGAAGAAUGUAUGGAUCGGUGUGAAGUUGUCAGGGCCAAAAAGGAUAACAUUCUUCUCCCUUUAACCCAGAUGGGUCAACAUGCACCGAAGGAGGGAUUUGACCUUGGGGAUCCGGUACUUUUGGCUAAUGGCAAUUCCUUUACAAUCAAGCGUAGUAAACCGUUUGAACGCACGGUAGUGCUUAGGGAUGGAUCCUACGUUUUUUGGAUUAAAAACCUCGACUCCUAUAGCAUUGCGGCCCCAAAGGUUGCUGUUCUGUUAGAAUUUAGUACCACACUGGGUACGACUCGACGUGUGCAGAAGGUUGUUCCUUGCCAGUGUGGAUGGAAACACGUUAUUGGCGUCAUACAGCCGGUGACGACGCGUGUGGUGGUAAGCAGUGAUGCGGUUGUGCGGGAUUCACACGUGGAGGUUGCGCUGUAUAGCCUCAAAGAAGCGCCUGUGCAACCAGAUGAAAAGAAGGAGUUGAAAUUAUCAGAGGUGUCAUCGGUCGCUGGCUUAGCAAAGGUUCAAGGGGUUGCCGACAACGGUGUUGCAGCUCUCACAGAGCAGAAGGUUCCCAACAGAACGUUGCCCACAGGACCGGAAGACAGGAUAAACACCAAAAGUGAGAAGGAUAUCACGGAAGAGUUACAGUCCCUGAAGGUGCCUCACGUUUCUUCAAAGGAGUCAUCCGCGCUGGUUCCUCCGCGUCCUGCCCAAGAGAUCCCUCAAAACAUGAACUGCGUCCAGCGUCUGCAACAGUUGCAGGAGUGUCUUAACGCAUGGCCCAAGGACGGGGUGAUGGCAGUGACACUGGGGAGAGAGCAGCGACACAUCAUCCGGAGUCUCUAUGCGCUCCCGUCUCCCGUUGAAAUUGACGAGGGCGACGAAACAUGA